AUGAGCGCAGGCUUCCGAACUUCUUCAGCUUGCGUCGACAAGACCCUUCCGAAACAACGACAUCCGGAAGAGACAGAGGUGGCGAUGGCAGACGACUGGCAAGACCUCGCCCUGAACCACCGCCGAAUACCCCACGGGAAAAGCAAAAAGGGUGGCAAAUCUGGAGGCCGCCACGGUGCAGGAGUCUUCUAUCCUAAUCGAGCCAUAGCUAGCUAUCCAUUCAAGACAGGAAAUCAUACCCUUGGAAAUGGCCAUAUACCGAGAUUCAAUGGUAUCAGACCAAUCGAUGACUUUCGGGCCGAAUUCGUGAUCCAUGGGUUUACCGAGUGUCCUGGUGGUACGGGGACGUUCAAAGCUGCUGUCUUCUUGGCUGGCAGUAGGAAGCUUCUUAGUGAUAUUGUGAGGGACGAAGAGGAGAAGUUGUCAGCAGAAGACGAUUCAGAUGAGAAGGAUCAGAGUGAAGACGAAGACGAGGUCGGCGAUGAGGACGAAGACGAGGUCGGCGAUGAGGACGAAGACGAGGUCGGCGAUGAGGACGGCGAUGAACAAGAUGAGGAAGCAGACGAUGGCGAUGAGGCACCAAAGGAAUCGGAAUUGGAAGCCUCCGAUCGCUUCUACAAUGACCGCUUCCAAGCCUUUACAAAAAACAGCUUUCGCCAACCGAAAUUCUGGUUCCAAUGGCAAGGCGAGAUCAUAGAACCCAAAAUCCAAACCGGGGCCGACGGAUCAACGACGUCCGGAAGAGCCAUACGUGAACGGGAUCUAGGAUAUAUCGUCUUCCCUACGCAUGAGUGCAGCAACUUCCGCGGCACGAUCAAUUGUCGAGCGCUUGGAUGGAAGGAUAUGGAGAUUGUUGGCGGGAGUGAUCGUAUUCAGGGCCCUACGCCACCGAUCUUCCAGUGGAACGACUUUGCCGUGGAAGGCGACGAGGGCGAUGAUGAUGAGCUUGAGCAUGAGCAUGACGGCAAGGGUGCGAAACCUCAUGGCGAUUGA